UCACGUGAGCGCUUACCUGCACUUCCGCCAUAUAAAAUAUUUUACGCAGGCGAAUCGGGUUCUUUUUUUCUUGUGGCGUCAGUACUUCUCAAAGCAAGAUAAGCAUGGAAGAUGAUUUUGAGACUGGCGAAUCUGGGGCAUCUGCCACAUUCCCUAUGCAGGCCUCUUCCCUGAGGAAGAAUGGCUUUGUCAUGCUGAAAGGGCAUCCCUGUAAGAUUGUGGACAUGUCUACCUCCAAGACUGGCAAACACGGCCAUGCCAAGGUCCAUCUUGUUGGAAUUGACAUUUUCACUGGCAAGAAGUAUGAAGAUCUUUGUCCAUCUACUCAUAACAUGAACGUUCCCUCUGUGAAGAGGAAGGAAUACCAGGUCCUCUGUAUAAACGAUGAUUUUCUGAGCCUGAUGGACGAUGGUGCCGUUACCAGAGAUGACCUUCGAUUGCCCGAAGGCGAUUUGGGAAAAGAAAUUGAGAAGAAAAUGCAGAAUGGGGAAGAGUUUUUCGUCACGGUGUUACAGGCUCUCGGUGAAGAGCAGGUGAUGAGCACUAAGGCCGCCAACAAUUAAGCCGAGCUCUCCUUUUGCUGCCUGCGCUCGCUGCACAUUUUUGCUUCGAGUGUCUCCGUGGUGCUGGAUUGAGGUAGCCGCUUUUUUUUUUUGUUUUUUUUGUGGGAGGGGAAACCCUGCUAUUUGGGCUACAGCGACUACAGUCACUGAAACUAGCAGAACAUUCAGCCCAAAUGUUGGGCUUUUAUUAUUUCAUAAAAGAAAGUUCAAUGUAAGACUGUUCAUAGAUUUAUGAACAAAUCAAAAUUCUUCAGUUUAAAAUAAUAGGCUUUCUUUUUUGGGGGAAUAUUGAAACCUGUCUAAGUAAUAAUUUAGAAGUUAGACAUCGUAGCAAACAAACAAACGCUUCGCUAGGUCAUGCAACACAGUCAACGAAAUAAUAAUUAUUGUUUUUUUUUCCAUCAUCUUAGGUAGUGGGUGGAGGGAAAGUGCUACGUCUGUUUUGUAUGUAGAAUAGUUUUGGGCUGAGUGCUUCGUCAGAUGUCUAUAUUACUGUUGAACUGUUGUUGCGCUGGAUUAUCGGACCUUGGCCGAAUGUUUACGUUUCCAAGCCAGAACCGGUGGGGAGAAUGUCUUGCAAUCGUUUCUCCACCAACUGCAAAUAUUCUCAACGUCUCCUCUUAUGUUGCGUGUCAAAUACUAUUUUAAAGUUAAAAAAAAAAAAAAAAAGUCUUGUUUAGGUUUUUAAAUGUAAUCAGCAUAUCUGCAGUGUACUAUUUAAUGGUUCAAGUCAACUUCAUGAGGUUUUUUUAAACAGGAUUUAUUUGAGACAAAGAAACAUUACUGAUGUUACUGAUGACAAAACAGCCUAGUCCCCCCCCCCCCCCCCCCCCCCAAUUCAAAUAGGUGAAACCCCAGGUAGCUCGAGGACCAAAGCAUGCAAAGGUGGUUCAGGUUGUAUCUUGUCGUACAUCUGUGGAAAUGCUGCGUCAGGCGAGUCUUGCACAACCUAAUCCCUGCUAGCCUGUAGGCCUCAACUGUCCGUAUUGAAAGAUGCUAACGGUUUUGAUGCAAAUUUGCUAGGAAGUUCUACCGCUCGCGCCUUAAAGGCUUUCGUGACGUUUGCUCCCUGAAUCCCCGAAUUUUUUUUUUUUUUUUAGCUCUUAAAACCUGUGUUUCAUAUUCUGCCAUGAGCAGUAACCAUACCGAUUCUCAGGGUUUAGUGUUAUUUUGCCAGGCAACUGUCAAAAGUGUUUUUUGUUUCGUUUUUAAAGCCAUUUGGUGCAUCUUACUGUUACUUUUAUUAGACUUUGGAUGCCAUAGCAUAGGUUCCUUUAGUGCUGCUGCCUUUUUUUUUUUUCACUUUCCGACUGUACUGUUUACAAUUGAGACAUUCCAAAUACUCUAUCCUUGUGUUAUAUCUGCAUGUGGUGUAGUAUAUCUGUUGUUCAGUUCCACAUUUUCUUCAACUGUGUAUUUGGUCAUAACGACUGAGUGUUUCAAAAAAACAACAUGUAAACUUAACGCCAUACUGGGAAAAAUAAAACUUAAUCCUAA